AUGGCUGAACAUCUUGGGCCCUCGUCCAUCAAGAAGCCCAGAAUCUCAUCUCCGUCUUUGAAUACCCCGAGUGACAGCGGUGAGUUUAGCUUCUCGAAUUUCAACUUUGAAGGCAUUGUCAAUGAUCUGCCUGAUGAUCUUGAUGGCCUGCAAGGAUCUACAAAUGAUGCUCAGACGUCCCAUGGUGGCCAGGACAUGGCCAUGGCGGGCUCCUUGUCUCAGCUGCUCUCCAGAUCAACCCCCAAUUCCCAGUCACCCAUGUCAAUGGCCUUCAAUACUGCUGGCGGCAUGCAGACUAACAGAAACCCAGGGAUGGGGAUGAUGAACAUGGGCAUGGGAAAGAAUCAGCUGACCACCAGUUUAGCCGCGACUCUGAUGAACUCUAACAAAGUGGCAACAUCCUCACAUAUGGGAGUUGGCAACGGCAUUGUCAGCAAUGCCUCUUACAGCAUGUCUGGCACAAACUCAGGAAUGAUGGACAAUGUAGGAAAUCCUAUGGGGAUGCGGUCUAUGGGGACACAGCAGAUGAUUGGAGGCGUGGGCAGCCUCAACAUGGGCCAGCAAGUGCCAAACCAAAUGAUGAAUGGCAUGAACAAUUUUGCUGGCAAUAUGGGACAGAUGCGGGGCAUGCAGGGCAGUGUUAACCCAUCAACUUCUUUGCCAGUAGUUCAGACCGGAAUGAUGCCAGAUCCUGGAAUGGGACAGAUGCAGAGUCAUCAGGGAAUGCCUGGACAUCCCGGUAUGAAUUUGCAACAGAACUCAACCCAUGGUGUUAGGCCUGGGCAGCAGCAGCAACAGCAGGCAGCUGGUACCAUGCCAGGACCUGGUCCUCGUCAGGCUACUGCUGAUCCAGACAAAAGCAAACUCAUUCAGCAGCAGUUGGUGUUACUGCUGCAUGCACACAAAUGUCAGCGAAGGGAGCAAGCAAAUGGUGAUCAGGAUUGUAAACUUCCCUACUGUCGCACCAUGAAGAACGUGCUAAACCAUAUGACUACUUGUAACAAGGGAAAAUCCUGUGAAGUGGCUCAUUGUGCUUCCUCUCGCCAAAUCAUAACUCAUUGGAAAAAUUGCACACGUGUUGACUGCCCAGUCUGUUUACCACUUAAAACUGCGGACAAGCAUAACAACGCUGGUCCCAAUGUGGGUCAUAAUGUACCUGCGGCCGUGCCAAACCCUCAGUCAUCAAACGUCACUGAUCAAGUGACUGCGAAACGUGCAGAGUCACUGGGUCUGCAGUAUAAUCAGCCAGCUGCGUCUCAUAAUGCUGCGCCUCAGAGACGGGUUCAAAUGAACACUAUGUCUAAUGAUGGGCAGUUCAGUAUUCCAAAUCUACAGAAUCAGAACGAUAAAAUGUUGCCCAAUCUUGCGAGCAGUAACCAAAUAGGCAACCUCCUGAUGAGUCUACCAACCAGCCAAGUGCCUCCAGCGAUUCAGCCACAGAGUGGGAGCCAGCUGGCAAACUCUGCAGCUCAGGCGGCUGCACUGGGCAGUGCUCCGGAUAUUGUCAAGUCAGUGCCUCCGACCAACCGGAAAGACUGGCAUGCUCAAGUGACACAGGAUCUGAGAAAUCACCUGGUUCAUAAAUUGGUGCAAGCCAUAUUUCCGACUCCAGAUCCAGCUGCUUUGCGAGACAGUCGAAUGAAGAACCUUGUUGCUUACGCACGAAAAGUUGAAGGUGACAUGUACGAAACUGCAAAUAACCGGGGUGAAUACUAUCAUCUGUUGGCCGAGAAGAUUUACAAGAUCCAGAAAGAACUUGAAGAGAAGAGAAUUCAGAGAAUGAAAGGAAUGAACGUACAGAAUGCUCAAGUUGGAAAUGUUGGCAUCAUGGCACCUCAGAUCAGACCACUUACACAAAAUGGCAUGAAUGGAACCCAAUUGGGAAAUGCCAUGUUCAAAGACUUAAACAGCACACAGCCACCCCCACAGCAGUCAUCGCCAUUGAGGUGGAAUUUGAACAUGCAGACCUCUUCUCCAACAGGCCAGAUGUCUAAUGCGAAUACAUCUAACAAUCAGAUGUCUGUGAACGCUGCACUUGCUGAAUCUGCGCAGCAGUUUGAUGCUCUGAAACACACCUUGUCACAGCAGUCUGCUGGCAGAUUCAUGAUGCCCACCUCCACCAUUUCAUCCACUCACCCAUCACCACAGCAGCAGCAGCAACAACAGCAGCACCAACAGCAACAACAACAACAGCAGCAGGGUCUGCACCAGCAGCUGAUGUCUCAACCACAAGUUGUUCAAGUUCAGGUGUCUAACCAGCAUUCUGUAAUGUCGAAUUCUCAAAUGCAGUCUGCCAUGCAGAGUCGCUGUACGUCAUCAGUGACUGACAUGGUGGGCGGCAACGGCCAGGUAAUGGGGGGUAUGGAGAUCACUUCCGGUAGCACCAUGGACAGCGUGCUGGCUCACAAUGGUGUUCACAUGAACAAUUCUCAGCAGUCGCUGUUCCAGCAGCUGUCAACUUCUGCUGCUUCUGCGACAACUCCAGCUGAUCAUUCCACACAUUUGUCCUUGUCCAGAACCCCACAGUCUAGUGUGCAGAUUUCCUGUAAAGAAAUGAAUAACGAUCAUACGCUGGGAUCUGAUGGCAUUUGUAAACAAGAGACUGUUAGUAAAGACUCGGGUGCAUGUGAAAACAGUCAGAAUCUGUCUAGUCUUUUGUUGGCGGCAUCCCCUUCAACAUUAUCACUGUCUGCGGUGACCCCGACCAUAUCUGUGGCAUCGUCCACGACCUCGACCAUGCUCAGCUCACCAGCUGUGAAGGUUGAAGUCAAAUCAGAGCCUCCCUCCGAUUGGAAACCAGACUGUAAUUUGAAAGAAGAACGUAUGGAUGUAACUGCCGAGUCCAGCUGCAAGGCAGAAGUUAGCAGUGUCAAGGAGGAAAAUAGUUCCUCUGUCAUGAAAUUAGAAAGCGCAGGAGAGAAUUCUCAAGCCAGCAGUAUCGGCGAGGAGAAAUCUUCUCCUGCAGAUGUUGCCUCUGGUGUUGUGUCUACUGCAAAGCCACGAUGCAAGAAGGUCUUCGACCCUGACGAGCUAAGACAAGCCUUGAUGCCAGUGUGGGAGAAAAUACAGAAGCAAGAUCCAGAGUCUCUUCCCUUCCAGACACCUGUGGAUCCAAUUGCACUUCAGAUUCCAGAUUAUUUUGAAAUUGUGAAGAAGCCGAUGGACUUGCAGACCAUUAGAAACAACCUAGAUUCUGGAGUGUACAAAGAUCCUUGGGAGUUUGUGGAUGAUAUGUGGCUCAUGAUUGACAAUGCUUGGCUGUACAACAAGAAGACCUCCAGGGUUCACAAGUAUGCUUCCAAGUUAGCAGAAGUUUUUGAGGCUGAGAUUGACAGUGUCAUGGAGUCACUGGGCUACUGCUGUGGUCACAAGUAUGUUUUCUGCCCCCAAGUUCUCUGUUGCUAUGGCAAGCAGCUGUGUACUAUUCCCAGGGAUGCCAUGUAUUAUAGCUACCAAAACAGAUAUGUUUACUGUGAGAAGUGUUUCCAAGAAAUCCAAACAGAGGAGGUUGAAUUAUCAGAGGAUCCUACCCAGCCAGUCACGAAGAUCAGAAAAGACCAGUUUGAGCGAGUGAAAAAUGAUCAGCUAGACUAUGAGCCUUUUGUGGACUGUUUGGAGUGUGGAAGAAAAUGGCAUCAGAUCUGUGCCUUAUGGUUUGAAUCAAUCUGGAGAGAAGGAUGGACAUGUGAUGCCUGUCUCAAGGCUAAAGGAGCAAAAAGAAAGGAGAAUAGAUUCAUGGCUAAAAGAUUGCCCACGACAAAGUUGGGCACAUUUCUGGAGAACAGAAUAAAUGGCUUCCUGCGUAAGAAGGACACACAGUGUGGCGAGGUGACAAUUAGAGUGUUGUCCAGUUACGAGAAGCAUACAGAAGUGAAACCUCUUAUGAGGAAAAGAUUUGGAAAUGAGAUGGCUGAAUACUUCCCCUACCGUGCCAAGGCAUUGUUUGCUUUUGAGGAAAUUGAUGGAGUUGAUGUAUGUUUCUUUGGUAUGCAUGUUCAGGAAUAUGGCUCAUCUUGCCCUAUGCCAAACACAAGGCGUGUGUACAUAUCAUACUUGGACAGUGUUCACUUCUUUCGACCAAAACAACUCCGGACUGUAGUUUACCAUGAGAUCCUCAUUGGCUACCUAGAAUAUGCCAAGAAUCUUGGCUACACCACGGCUCACAUUUGGGCUUGUCCUCCCAGUGAAGGGGAUGACUACAUUUUCCACUGCCAUCCCCCAGAGCAAAAAAUCCCCAAGCCUAAAAGGCUGCAGGAAUGGUACAAGAAGAUGUUGGAGAAAGCUAUUCUGGAUAGAGUGGUUGUGGAUUGUAAGGAUAUUUUGAAAGACGCCAUUGAUGGAGGAUUGUCUAGUGCCAAGGACAUGGCUUAUUUUGAUGGUGACUUUUGGCCAAACGUUAUGGAAGAAAGCAUUAUGGAGCUUGAUCAAGAAGAAGAGGAGAGAAGAAAAAGAGAGGAAGCCGAAGCUGCAGAAGCUGAUGCCCAAGAUCCAAUUGAAGAAACUAAUGAUGAGGUAAGAGUAAGAAGGCUAACAAGAACAAGGCAAAUGCAAGGAAGAACAACCGCAAGACUAAUUUGCCUCAAGGGGACUAAUGACUUGACGGCAAAGUUGUACAGCCACAUGGAUAAGCAUAAAGAGGUGUUCUUCAUCAUUCGUUUGCACAAUCAGCAAAUAGCUGCCUCACUUCCUCCCAUCUCUGACCCGGAUCCACCCAUGAACUGUGACCUAAUGGAUGGGCGCGAUGCAUUUCUGACAUCAGCCAGGGAUAAGCACUACGAAUUUUCCUCUUUGCGCCGGGCGAAAUUCUCUUCAAUCGCUCUGCUGUACGAGUUGCACAACCAAGGAAAAGAUGCAUUUGUGUACACAUGCAAUGUGUGUAAUGCUGCCGUGGAGACCCGAUAUCAUUGCAACACAUGUGAUGACUUUGACCUUUGUAUGCCUUGCUACAAGAAGGGAAGCCACCACCAUGAGAUGAUUAAGCUUGGCCUGGGUCUUGAUGACAUUGGUAGCUCAGGCAAGGAAGAGAAUCCACAGGAGUCCCGUCGCAAGUCUAUCCAGCGCUGCAUUUCAUCCCUGGUACACGCCUGCCAGUGCAAGAAUGCAAACUGCCGCAUCAAUGCCUGCCAUAAGAUGAAGCGAGUGGUUGCUCACACACUGGGCUGCAAGCGCAGAGCCAACCAUUCUUGUCCAAUCUGCAAGCAAAUGAUUGCUCUUUGCUGUUAUCACGCAAAGCACUGCACAGAGAACAAGUGUCCUGUGCCUUUCUGUCCCCAGCUCAAACAGAAGCUGCGGCAGAAGCAGCUGCUAACCAAUCUCCACCAGGCACAGAUGCUUCGCCGUCGUGUGGCCAUUAUGACAGACCAAGCUAACAGUAUUAACGCCCACAGUGGUGGGGCCUCCUCGGCCUCGUCCAGCAAAGACUCCUCACCUUUGUUAUCAUCAUCGUCAUCGCCCUUCUCGAGUGGCAGUUCGGGCAAAGUGUCAGGGCCCCCAAGAGGUGCUCUGAUAGCUGCUCACGAUGCACAGCUGCAGGCAGAAAAACAGAGACAGGCAACAGCGCCAGUCAUUAGCUCAAUCGGUAAAGGUAAACCUACAAUGCAGCCGCCAGUUAGGCCGUCUCCGGCUUCACUUGGACCUUCAGCUGGCAAGCCUAUGGUUAGCGCACAGAAGCCUUGGUCGCCUUAUUAUUCUCAGAUGCCACAGCAGCAGCAACAACAACAGCAGCAGCAACAGCCUAGGACUGCCUUGGUGACCGGUAUGAUGCCUGGCAUGCAGCAGACUCAUCCCCAACAGCAACAGCCACAACAGCAGUCAUUGCAGCAGCAGCAGUUGCCACCAAUGGAUGUCAAUGCUGUGAGCACAUCGACCAUGUCCGUUUCCGGCGGCGCAAGUGGGGCUUCAGCUUUAGGACCCGUACAGAUGCUGCAGGCAAUCAAACACCAGAAUCUCACACAGGCAGACUGGGUGGCUGUGAUUAAAAAGAACCCUCAACUCAUGGCUCAAGUUCUGAAACUGAAAAACCAGAAAAUAAUGCAGCAGCAGCAGCAACAACAACAACAAACAACACAGAACCAGCAGCAGCAGAUGCAGAAGCAGUUGAGUCAGAUGAUGCCUCAGCAAUACAGACAGCAGCAGAUGCAAGCCCAACAGCAGACCUCCCAGAUGAACCAAUUUGCUCAGCCCCAACAACCGUUUGUUCAGGCCCGCAUGAAUUUCCAGCAGACAUUUCAGAAUGAUGCUGGCCACAGCAUGCAUCAGUACCAACAGCAGCAACACAUGCUUCAGCACCACCAAGCACAGUUCAAGCAGCAGAUGGCAGGUGGUCAGCCAAUGAGCCCCCAGUUCAUGAUGGCACAGCAGACCAGUCCUUCCCCACAGCAGAUGCUGCAGCAAGUGCGCUCGCCGCCCAUCUCUGCGGCAAUGCUGCCGCAAACUGUCAGGUCACCCCAGCCGAUACCUUCGCCCCGACAGCAGCCGAUACCUUCCCCCCACCACAACAUGGUGAAUAACCAGUCACCUCUUCAUGGUUUAAGUUUAGGACAGGACACUUCACAGUACACCAACGACCACGUAAUGAUGUCCUCAUUACAGACCCACAAUUCCUAUUCACAGAUGUCCAGUUUGGACAUGAACAUGGGUCAACAAGAUGAGGUGGCCCCACUGACACCACAAGACCAGCUAGCUCAUUAUGUAAACCAAAUGUAA